AUGUGCUUCUGGCCAGAGUCACCUACCGCAAGACACUUUACUCUAUACAGAAACCUGCAAGCAUCAAGUGGAGCUCCGGUCUCUGAUUUAAGAUUGGGGAGCCCCCACAAUGGUGCACAGAAAAAUUGCGCGCUUCGUUAUCAAAUUUUCCCCACCAACGGAUCCACGCCCAAAGACCUCAAACUCAAAUUCAAGUUAAAUGUUAUUAAAACAUUGGCAAGAUUUUUUUUAGAAGAAUUAGGUUCGCCUACCUUCAUUUUCCACUGUGCCCUAAAGUCUGACCUUAAGAACCUUUGCUAUGAAUACUCAGAAGAAAUAUGGAAUCAGGAAAACAUACUCAUGAAACUGGCUGCAUAG